AUAUCCACCCGACUUACCACCAAAAAGAAGGAUGGCCAGUCUCACUCUCCCCACUUCUAACUCCGUCUUCACUUCUCUCCGUCUGAACAAACCAACGCAGGCAUCCUUCCGGACGUUAGACGUCUUCCCUUGUCGGGAAGUUCGUUUCUCCGGCUACUUGGGCCGUCGCCAGAAUGCUAGAAGGUUAGAGGUGGUGACACGGGCGGGGCCAAGCACGAGCAGUCUCAUCUUCGCGUUCGUGUUUCCACUCUCUCUUGUUGCCUUCACUGUCUUCACCUCCAUACGAAUUGCUGAUAAGCUGGACAGGGAUUUCCUUGAGGAGCUCGCUCUUAAUCAAGCAAUGAAGGAUGUAGAAGACAACGAUGAAGCUCUCCCUGCUUCUGUAGAGGAGGAACCUGCACUUCCACGCACUCGAAACCGUCCAAAGCGAGGAGCUUAGACAUGAGCUGUGUUUGGUCUUUUAUACGAUUUUUAAUAUGAUCAUCAGAUUCCCUGGUGUCGAUGAGACAGGGUAGAAGAUUUCGGCAACUCACUUGGUUUCUGUUUCUUAAUUUAAUGCUGGUUUUGUAUUGAUAAUAAUCUGAUCCGGAAUGUAGAUCUAUCCACACUCCAGAGUUUGUAUGGUAUAAGAUAGUUGUAGAAUAACUGAAUUUCUGUAUUUAGUAAUGAUAUAAACUUGUAAUUUAUAUGAGCUCAUACAGUUCCAUUCGAAACUUAGAGAUGGAAAGAGAGAUGAUCAGAGCUCAAUUUGAUUUUUC